AUGAGCCUCCCGAGUUCGACUCGCAUCAACGAGAGCAUUCGUCGGAUAACAGAGCAGAGGCCGCAGAUCCGUCGGAUCAAUAACGAACAUUCCUUCCCCACUUCUCGGCGCCUCAAAUCGUGCGACGGUCUGCACUGCCUAGCGUCGACCACUUCAUUUCUCGACGCGCUCCUCGCUCACCAAGGCGGCUCUUCUGCCGCUUCUGCCGCUUCUACUGCUCAGGCCAUGCCCCUGGUUUAUAAGGGAAAGAGAUACGGGAAAUACAAGGCCAAGCUGCGUCCAACCAAGCUCAACGGGAAGGUAGUCGGUGACGCAGGAGCUUCGGGGACAAUUUCAAUCAAGGCAGUGAAGUACUCUUCAACGUCAUACAGCUUGAGCAUUAAGUUUCUUGUGUUGAACCUCAAGGCAGGAGAGCAACCCACCUUUGACUCUGUAGCUUCCUGCUCUCAAGGAUCCACCUCCUCAAGAUUCACCUUUACCAACAUUACGCGACCCAACUCGCGCCGCAAGCGCUACAGCUUCCGAGCUCGUGUUGACCAGGCGGUGACCUCAGAGACUAAUAUGCAUGGGGCUAUUGCCCAAUUGGUGUCAUUACACCUGGCUAUCGGACGCGCAGGGAACAACUUUGCACUCUGUGGAAAGGCGGUUAAGGUGAAAUAG